GAAAAGCCGGGUGCAUUGCAAGAAUUUCUCUUCCUGUUUUGUAAAUUGUUUACAAUUUUAGCUUCCUUGAAUAAAUGAUUGUACAAAAAUUAUAGAUUUAUGUUAAAAUAUAGUUUAAAAUCCUGGAAAUGUAAGUUUAUUAAAAAAUAUUUAUAGAAAUUAGACAUAUAGCUUUGAUAUAUCAGUUUGACAUUAGAUUUCGCGACGGACGUAUUUUUUAACAUUUGGAUAGUUGACAGGAUAUAAUUGACAGAUGCAGUCAGCCUUCGUUCGAAGACCAUAACUGAGUGUAACUUCUUUACAACCAUUAUGCAUGGACAGGAGAAUGUCGCAAUGGCAGCAGAUUAUAUACAUUAGCUGAUGGAGAAUUCAUGUCGUGCUGGGUCUUUUCCUAAUCUACCUCCAAAUACGGGUCAAGAUGUUACGAGUUUAAGCGGCUCUCAACCUUCAUUAACUUCUAUUCACAACCGCCAAAGUGUUCGAACACCAAGGUCUGCUCCAUUAGGGAGUGGAAAUGUCAGUCAUCCGCCACUUUGCAGAAAUGUAUCGGCGGUGACUGGUGGUGCAUCCAUUGUUUCGGGUAGUCUUUAUUUUCCAAGCGGCAGUUCAUCAGUAGAGACUGGGAAUAUUCGGUUAGCAACUGGUAGUCUGCCUUUUGCGUCAAAUUCUUCAUGGCCUUCAAGUGCAGUGCCGAGAGCUAAUGCUUCAUUAGCACCCAACAAUGGAGUCUCAUCGGCACCAAGUACCGGGCAGUUUCCCGCAACAAAUGCCGGUAACCGUGACAGCAGUGGCAGCAGCAGUAGCGGAAGUAGUGGGGAUAGUGGUUACGCCCAUAUCUUAGACAAUGAAGAAGGUUGGGACUUGGUGUUUGUGCCACAUCGAUCAGAGAAAUACGACUGUCCAAUAUGUCUGCUGGUUCUGCGCGAGCCCAUGCAGACGGAAUGUGGCCAUAGAUUUUGUCGUGCAUGUAUACUUAAAUGGCUCAGGGAAUCCGAGGCAAGAUGUCCGGUGGAUAAUCAGCCGCUUCAAGAAAAUCAGUUGUUUCCGGAUAAUUUUGCCAAAAGAGAAAUCCUCAUGUUAACUGUAAAAUGUCCCAAUUGUACAAAGGGCUGUGAUCAAAUUGUUGUACUUAAACAUUUACAGACUCAUUUAGACAAUUGUGUAUUCUCAUUAACUCCAUGUCCCAAUGAAUGUGCCAACGUGUUAUUGCGUGGUCGAUUAUCAGAACAUCUUCUCAACCAGUGUCCAAAAAGAAUAAUCAAGUGUUCUCUGUGCCAGUUAGAUCUAGUUGCAGAAAAACAACAGGAACAUAUGUUGGACUGUCCUCAGGCCAUAAUUGACUGUUCUUCAUGUGAACUUCAGCUGAAAAGGCAUCUGCUGUCACAGCAUCUCAAUACAGAAUGUAAAAAGGCAUCAACUAAGUGCCAGUACCAUAUGCUUGGCUGCCCCUAUCAGGGAGAAAGAGUGACAUUAGAGGAUCACGAGAAUUCCAGCCUUGCCUAUCACAUGUCUCUGAUCAAUCUGAGCAUCAUACGGCUGUUCACCUUGUUGCGUAUCAACCCUCAAAACCUCCAGUCUGCCCACAGACCCUCGUCACUAGGUUACCAACCUACCGAGGGAGCUGGAGGCUCGGGGGCUUCGAGUUUUCCAUCGUAUUUCGUAAAUCCUAAAGAAAGCAUGAACCUGUUGCAUCAUCUGUUUCAACAGCUUCAGUUGAACCCAAGUGAUUUAAAUAAUGUUACAGUUAGUGAAGUAAAUGUAUGUCAGAGUCUACCUACAUCAGGAAGUAAUGUGGAAAGUAUGCAAGCAAGUGGUAUGAAUAUCUUGUAUGCCAGUCCAGGAAGUGUUUCCAUAGCAACCGCACAAAACCUUGGCAUACCUAUUAGUCAAGCUCAGGCAAGUGGGCAAAACACGGAAGAUGAACAAAAUGAUAGCGAGCGAACUAGCUCCAAUCAGACAAGGUAUCAAACGUUAAGUUAUACAUCGGAACCGUCAAACAGGCAAGACAACAAGGAAGUUCCGCAGAUGUCAUUGAAUGAAAAUCAGCUUUUCACGAUUAAAUGUCAAAAUGACAUUCAGGAUGAAAGUUUAGCGAGACAUGAUCAACAGUUGUUAGAUUUAUCGCAUCAGAAAGACUAUCAUGACAAAGUGAUCCGAGAAUUGAAAGGGAAGGUGAAGAGUUUGGAGAGUACGAUCCAGGAUAUGGAAGGUAGAUGCGGGAAUGGUAUUUACGUUUGGAAAAUUAAGAAUUAUUUAAAAUUGAGACGUGAUGCUGAACGAGGAGAGAUUACAGCAAUACAUAGUGCAUCAUUUUAUUCGGGUUAUUACGGAUAUAAACUGUGUAUUAGGGUUAAUCCAAAUGGUGUAGAUAGUGCAAAAGGUACGCAUCUCUCAUUAUUUAUUCAUUUUAUGCAGGGAGAGAAUGACGAUUUAUUGGAGUGGCCAUUUAGCGGAAGGAUAGUUCUUACAAUAAUUGAUCAAAAUCCUAUUUGCGAAAUGCGCAAUCAUAUCUCAGAAACCCUCAUGUCGAAACCAAAUUUGGCUGCAUUCCAGCGGCCAGUGAGUAUGAGAAAUCAUAAAGGAUUUGGGUACAUGGAGUUUUUACCGCUUAGUGUAAUAGAUGGAUCAACGUACAUAAAAAAUGAUACUCUUAUAAUUAAAGCAAAUGUAAUUCCAUCAAGCCCAUAGCAUGUUUUGUAAACUGGAUAAACUUUAAGAAGAAACAUGCUUAUGUGACAGUUAAUUUAUUCGUUGCCUAACUGGAAAUUUUAGUGCUGUUGAACUUAGAUAAAUGCAUGUGUGUUUCCAAUUUUUUUUUUUAAUGCAAUUUUAGAAAUAAAAUAAGUCAGUGGAAGUAAUGAGUUUAGCUUUCCAAUUUUGAAUUCAUUUUAAAAAAGUAUUACCAUUGAUAAUUCUAAUAAUGAAAAUUUUUUUCUUAAUUUUUUUUUCUUCGAAUUUCACAAAUUAAAUUUACAUCUCUACACUUUGUAUUUUAGAAAGGCUCUCUUACACAGCUUUAUAUACUUACCUUCCAUAUAUUUGAUCUCUACCUUUCUAUUCAGUCAUUUUAUAUGAAAUUUAGUAAUGGUACAUGUAUUUGUCUUAAGGCGGAGGUUCUGUGAUCAAAUACGUAUCGGACCCUCUAUCCCUAUUAUUAGCAAAAUCACUGAAAAUUAAAUCUUAACCCACUGAAUUAGGUUGUGAGUUAACCCUUAUCAUGCAGGACACAAUUGAUUCUGCCUUUGUGGCCAUUGUAGAUAAUGAUCAUCCUGUACAUUGUGCAGUCUGAUCAAGAUCUACACUGUUCGCCAUUCAGUCAGUACCUUUUUGGUAAGCACCCCUUUCAAAAGUUAAUGGAACUGUCCAUAUUGAAAGAUGGACAUGUUCAUUAUAGAAAUUUAGGGUUAAACAUUUUCUGUUGCACUUGAUUUCCUGUUGCUGAAACAGGUUUGAUGAGUCCAUCCAUUUAAUAAAUUUUUACCAGCAUUUUGGACAUGGUAGAAUGUAGAACUAUUGGCUACUUAAAAAUCUGUAUUUUUUAGUUACCGUACAUACCUAGAGGUUAUGGAGCUUAGUCUCACAUCUUAGAGACUGCAGGGUUUAAGCCCAAGUGUUUUCAUGACAGACCCUCUUCUUGUAUACGGUAAAGAGUUUCGUUACAAGUGGACAUAAUCAUUUUAUCAUAGAUUAAAAGUGCUGAAUUUUAUAGGGUUUAAAAUACUACAUAUAAUAUAAAUAAAAUAUAUAAUAAUAAUAAAAAAACAACAUAUUAUUUAAUGACUUGUGUUUGAAUUGCUCAGAAGAGGAAACAUUGAGAGAUACAUUGAACAAAAAAAACAAAAAACAUGGCGUGGAUAUUGUCAUAUCAUGACAUGUAGUUGGCCAUGUUUACAUCCACCAUAUGUAACUUCUUGCAUAGAGGAUAUAAUUUGAGUGUCUUUUCAUAUUGAAUUAUUAAAUAAAUUAAUGUUGUACUCUGCCGGGCAUUUUGUCAUAUGUAUUCAACAAGUUUAAUGAAUCCAGUGAGGAAAAACACACAUGUAAUAUUCUUUUUAUCACAUUUUAGUUUUUAAAAUUUCCUGCUGAAACACUGGUUUGUUCUUUCUGAACCUAUUACAGGCAAAGUCAACUGGCGUCUCCUACACUUGAAACGUCAGUGUUGAAAUGUUAUAGCAAUAGUGUGAUAUCGAAAUUACGUAAUGACUUUAUUUCACUCCUACAAGUUCAAACAUAUGAUAGUUUAUUUUACCACACUGGACAAUUCAUGCCACUAAUGAGGCUACUAUUCAAGGAUUUUAAAGUUUCAAGUGCUUUUGGAUGAUAAGAAUGUUUACAUUAGCCUGUGAUUUACAGUAUGUAUUAAAUGAAUUAAUGCUUUAAUUCUUGUGUUAACACUAGCAGCAUUAGCUCAGGAAUAUUAGCCUGUCAUCAUACGGUGAUCAAGCUGUUGGGUGGCGAACCCACUUGUUCUUUAUGUAACAGGAAAAAUUGCUCAAUUCAGGUGACGUUUUUACUUAUAAUUUCGUUAUUACUUGACAGAUUCUAAUAAAAAAAGGCAUCAAAAACAGGAAAUGGGUGCUUUCCUCGCAACAAAGUCUCUGCCAGAAAUUUUUGAUACUUCUCUCAACACUUUGCCCAAAUGUUUUUUUUUCCCAAACAAAAUGUAUAAGUAACCUACAAAUUGGUCUUUGGGUUGAAGACAGUAAUGAUCAAAUGUGGCAGAUGUUUUAUUCUUAGGAAUGCACUUGUUUUUCUGUCAUUGACACUUUUUAUUUUAUUAAAAUCCUUAAAGUAACAAGGAAAUUACAAAGUUUAAGAUAAAUGUUACAUGAAUCUGGUGAUUUUUCCUGAGAGUACAAUAUAGAAAAGUCAUUUGAGUUGGUCUCCCGGAAGUUUUAGACUGUGCACAUUAUCUUGAUUUUCUUAUUAUUGGUUUCAAGAUUUAACACUGAUUUUGGAGACCAGUCUAAAAUUGCAAACUUUUUAUUGGUCAGUUUCAAAAUUAAGCUUAAAACCGGUCUCCAAACUCAAAGUUUUAAAGUUGGCCCAGUUUACCUAUAUUAUCUGUGAUAACACAGUUUUACCAGUGAGUCUGACAUUGUAUAAGGUACUGAAACAAUAGUUAAGUGUCUGUCAGCCAGUCUUUCAUCAUUGUAUUCAGUUUCUACCUAAAUUUAUGUAUAGAAUCUAGUUGCCAUUCAUUACCCACAUGUGCUACUCUUCCACAUGAAGGCUAGUAAGUUAAUUUUGGGGAUUAUAGACCCAGACCAAAAUACAGGCAAAGCUUCAAUUCCAGAAAUAUGUCUAGUAACUGUUGUUUAUCAGGCCAGGUUUAAAGCAGCUACCAUACACAGAACUUUUUUCUGAAGGAAUGCUAGUUAUUCAAAUUGGAAGAGUACGGGCUCAAACACACAACCCCUGGUUUGAUAAUCCAGUAUUUAACCACAUAACAAUACUAAGUCUUGCAGUCAUUCAGUUUAAAUGAUCUUGAAAAUUUUAUAUUCAAGUUAACAGUCUGCUUCUCCAAGUACUGAAGUACUGAAUCUCAAUAACAAAUAUUUGUAAAUUUAUGAAUAAAUUAUGCAAAUUUAGCGUCUUGUCCCAUUGGCCUUUUCUGUUUCAAGUGUUAAGUUAACCAUCCAAUUAGCUCAGUAUAUAUAUCACACAACUUCCUGUUACAAGCAUGAGGAAGUCCUUAUGUUUGAAUCCUGGUUGAACCAUACACUAUCUGGCUGUACUGUCUGCACUGGCUGGCUGAAGAUAAUACAUUCUAAAAAUAGUUGUCUUCCAUUUCUGUUUUAUGUAGGCAAACAUAAACGUAUCUUUAAAGCUCAAUAAUGCUUUUAAUUUUGUGUAAAAAAAGAUGGAGCAGCUGUCCAAAUACAGAAUAUGCAUAAUUGCAUGGUUUAAAAGGUAUUACUUUAAAAACUGCUCAUGAACUGGCACAGUUAGUGUCAUAAAGGGAAGUAAUUGGAAAGAAUAGAUUCAGUAAUACUUCCUACUAUGUUAAUUACUAGACGAAUCUUUGACAAAUAUUUGAGAAAAUAAUUUUUGAAAAUAUUAUUUAAGAAUUCUUUAUGCCCCCGAAGAGAGGCAUAUUAGUUUUCAACUGUCCGUCUGUUCGUUAGUUCCUUCGUCACAACGUUAACUUUUUGCAUGAAGGCACUUUACUCGCAAACCACUGCACCCAGGCCCUUCAAACUUUACAUGCUGAUAGUACUUAUUGAGUACACCACUCCUACUGACUUUGGGGUCACCAGGUCAAAGGUCAAGGUGCUGCGGGGGCAUUUGUCACCAUUAGUUACAGCUCUUGUUUUGUUCAUAAAAAUGUUGCAGCCACAUCAUAAACAAAGGCAUUAUGACCCUUUAAAAAUCUUAAGGGCCCACUGGAAUAGGAUAUGAAUGAAAUAGUAAGACAUUUAUGUUUGUCUAAAGACAUUUUUUAGUAAUCCUUGGAAUGAAAGUUUUUUUUUCUCACCUACGAGAUAAGAGUAUUUCUAAUAACUGGCUGUCUCACACUGGUAAUAGACUACCAUAAGUCCUUGUAGUUUGAUAUAUUUUACGUUUUAUUCAUGCUAAUGUUUGACAUAUCUACUUUACCAAGUGUCAAAAAGAUAUCGUCUUUCGAAAUAUGGACUGUUUACCUACAAACUUGAUAACGUCUUCUUUGUACAACCCGUCAAUGAUACCACUUAUGUUUGCCAUUUUUAGUUAUUGAUUAUAUAAAAUGAUCAUGUCAGCAAAAUAAAUUUACCAUGCAAGUUGUGAUAGUUAGCCCUUAUCAUGCUGGACACGAUUGAUUUUGCCUUUGCAACCAGUGUAGAUUAUGAUCAGCCUGCACAUCCAUGCAGUCUGAGAUCAUGAUCUGCACUUUCCGCUAUUCAGCCGUAUCUUUUUGGUAAGCACCCCUUUUAACAGUUAAUGGCACUGUCCAAAUUGAAAGAUGGACAAGUUCAUUAUAGAAAUUUAGGGAUGAUGAGGAAAUCUCAGCCUUAAGUAGUACUUUCUUAUGCACAGCUAGUCCACAUGGUGGAUCCACUUCAUCUCCUGGUAUUACAAUGUAUGUAGUUUAACUGAGCAUAAAUGUGUUGUGCUAUACAUGGUAGUGAAAGUCAAGAAAAUUGUAUUUGUCAAACUAAGUUUUAUGAAAUUUAUAGAAGUACAUGUCGAGGGAUGAGAGCGAAACUGUCCUAGGUGCAUCUUUAUCUAUAUUUACUAAGAACACUUUUGCUCUGACCCCUCGGUGUAUUGUUUCAAGAAAAUAAGACAUCAUAUGCCAUUAUAGUUUGUUUUUCGUGUAUCAGUGCAUGAUACCAUUCUAGUUUUAUCCUUGACGCUGUAGCAAUAUAAAAGUAGUUUAUACGGUUAGUAUAUAUGAUACAUAUUUAAUUUAUAUUGUAAUUAUACAUGAGACAAUGCCUGUAUCUUAGGUACCCUAGUGAAUGAAACAAAUUCUUCUCUAGUUCAUUACAUAUUAGCUUUUUAUCAAGUUUUUAUGUUGUAUGUAUUUACUAUUUUGAAAAUACAUGUGAUAUCAACUUACA